AUGUGGUCCGGAUCAUACCUCGCUCAGCUCGAGGCGGCCGACGAAGUUCGAGCGGCCAGAUGGGAAGACGUGGAUAUGGAAGCGGCCGAGUAUAUCGCGAAUCAUCAAGAGUAUGAGCAGCCCGAGAUGAGAACUCCGACGCGCAGCCAAGCUGUCGGCACUGGCUCACACCGAUACCUCACUCUCGAUACGAAUGUACUCAUCAAUCAUCUCAACCUUGUUCAGAAGCUCGACAAACUCGCGUCUCAAGCCCAUACCGAGCAGAGCUCCACAGUUUCAUCUCAAUCCACGCGUCCCGACACCCUCGCCGCCGCCCGUCAAGCCACGACAUGGCUCUUGGCCGUCAACCGACAUCGCCGCGAAACGGGGUACGGCGCAGUACGGUGUCAGCGGUGGUCCGAACGAGGCGCGCAGCGCUUGAGUAAAGCGGAUGAUAGGGUGCUGGACUGCGCACUGUACUUUCGGGAGCAGGGCGGAGGCAAUGUCAUGCUGUGGACGGAGGACAGGAAUUUGUCCCUGCUCGCUGAGGCGAACGAUAUCUCGACCAUUCCAUCUCCCACUCCCGACCUCACAUGUAUCUUGCACCUCUGCGGUAUCCCCUUCGACCGGACGUCGGACCUGCCACCGCAGGAGAUCUCGACCCCGGAAGUCGAAGCCGAAGAGGACGGCAUGCAGAUCGAGGCGGAUCUCGUCUCUCCUCCUCUGCCUCCUUCUUCUCUCCCAGCACCCAUCGCCACGUCCACCCCAGUCUCCCUCACGACUCGACCUCGUCGGACCCAGUCGUCAUCUUCUUCCCCAUCGACAUCUACCUCUCGCCCAUCAUUCGCUUUCAAGGAUGCCUCGUCCCCUCUUCCCUCUCGGAUUCCCCGCCCCACCGCCCGUGUCCCGGUUCCUACUGAUGUUCUAGCUCGCCUCACCCACCUCGCUCGACUCAUUCGUGCCGCUCUCCCUUCCUCUUCCCCCUCUUCGAACCCCUCUCCCGCCCCCUCUUCUAAUCCGCCAACACCAUUAUCGACCCAGAAUGGGCUCAAUCGCCUCAUCACCGCCCUUCGUCUCCUCUCGCCUCCCGAUGGCAACACCGACGCCACGCGACAACUAUACCGGCUCCUCUCGGCGCUCAUGACCCUCUCCGCCUGGGUCCGACCACCGUCCGAUGUCCGGGAACGGCGGGUUUUGAACAAUGAAGCAGCGGGGGCGGUGCGUGUGGCGAUGGAUGCAUUGCCGGAAUUGGGGGUCGGGGUGGACGAGGGGGAGUUGCAGGAGCUAGCGGGUAUCAUUAGAGUUUUGUAA